AUGCGCGGCACGCUCUGGACGCUGCACCUCAACGGGGCGCGGAACGGGAUGUUCGCCGGGGCGCGCGACGUCGAGGACCUGCAGUUCCCCAUGCUCCAGUGGCUCCGGCUCGUGUUCGCGGCGAACCGGGAGCACUACAGCUUCGCGCGCGAGCUCCCGAACGCGAUCGCGCUCUUCCCGAACCUGUUCACCUUCGCGAUGCACGGCUCGGACGACUACCAGCGGGUCGACACCCACUACGAAUCCGACGAGGACGAGGACGACGAGGCGCGCGACGACACUGUCCCGGACGACUUCGUCGACGCCAACGGCGCGCGGCAGGGCGAGCACGGGUCGUGGAGGGGUCUGAAGCUGCUGGACGCGCCGCUCUGGUCUGUGUACAGGCUCGCGCUCCGCUGCCGCGUGGACACGCUGUGGACGGGCGCGGUGUCGUUCGACGGCGCGCUCGGCCCGCGCGUGCUCGCGCUCCGCGUUCAGGGUUUGGACGUCUUGGGCCUCGUCGGGGAGGACAUUGAGGACGCAGUGCCGCAGCGCGCGGUGAUCUCGUGGCUGAACUCGCUCGAGAUGAUCACAGACCGGCUCUCGGUGCUGAAGGAGCCCAGUUUGUGGCUCAACGUGACGUGCAAAUCACUGCCCGAGCGGAAUCAGACGCGCGUGGACCUCCUCCCAGGCAAGGUGAAGGUUCCGCCAAACUCUUAUGUGGACGCGGUGGUGACGCGGUUGUACGGAUUCUGGGUCGCGCGGUGGGCGCGACGAUGUCUGUGCAAGUGUCCGUCCGGUGGACUGAAUAACACGACAACUACGCGGUACGGAUGGAUCACAUGUUCGACGGAAAGAAGGAUCGAGGCGUGA